UAUUACAGUUAUUAUUAGAACAUUUGGAAUGCCUGGUGUCGCGGCACGAGCGAUCACUGAGGAUGACCGUGGUGAAACGUCAAGCUGCCGCACAAUCGGGCGUCUCCAGCGAAGUGGAGGUGCUCAAGGCACUCAAAAGCCUUUUCGAACAUCACAAGGCACUAGACGAAAAGGUACGAGAAAGACUGAGGGUAGCAUUAGAAAGAAAUUCAACAUUAGAAGAAGAAUUAGCAUCAACCAAAGAAGAGUUACAACAAUACAAACAAGGGGUGAUUUCGACUGUACCUGCCAUAGAAGAUAAGCCCAAAGAAAAUGGACAAGUAGAAUCAGGGGACCAAAUAGCUAAUGCUAAUAAUAAGACAUCAGCAUCUGCGACAGCUAUCAAGACGCGACUAACGAACGGAGGUACGGGGGGCUCCGAUGGAACUUCAGACGCUGAAGCAGCUGCCAGGAUAGCUGAUUUACAACAGGCCUUAGAACAACAGACUAGCGAAAUCAGUACGUGGCAACGUCGCGUGGCCGAGAUGCAAACCCGAGUCGGCGAACUAGAAGAGAACUUAGCCAAAGCUCAGAAGGAACUCCUCAAAUCUCAGGACGUCAACUCGAAGCUUCAACGAGACUUGAGAGAGAACGUAGCUCAGAAAGAAGAUCAGGAAGAGAGGAUAGCCACGUUAGAGAAGAGAUAUCUCAACGCUCAGAGGGAGUCAACGUCGUUGCACGAUCUCAAUGAGAAGUUAGAGCAAGAGCUGCAACAUAAAGAAGCUCAGAUUAAGCUGCACGAAGAAAAGAUAGCGGCGAUCCAAGAGAAGCUGGAGUUGACCGAGCAGAAGCUGACUCAAGCCUCGAAGUUACCAGAAAUUGAAGAGCAGCUGAAGCAGCGGAUGGAAGCGCUGACUCAGGUGAGACCCCAGGCCCAGGAACGUCACGGUUCCGCAGAAGAUCGCAUACAACGGCUGGAAGCAAACCUGGACGAGAAGAAUGCAGAGCUGAUCAGGUUGAAUCAAAGGCUGAAAAUGAACGAAGAUCACAACUCACGGUUGUCAGCCACGGUUGACAAGUUGCUGUCAGAGUCCAAUGAUCGGUUGCAGGAUCACCUUAAAGAGAGAAUGCAUGCAUUACAGGAGAAAAACAACCUCACUCAAGAGCUGGAGAAAACGAGGAAGAUGAUGGAAGAACUAGAUAACCAGAAAACUGAAAUCAUGAAAGAAUUGGCGAAAUCUAGGUUAGAAAUUGAUAAUGUGAAGAGGCAGAUGUUACAACAGGAAAUCGCGUAUAAUAUUCAGCAAACGGAUGCACUCACUAGAUCUUUAUCCCCUAACGCAGUAGACCCCUCGAACUUCUCCCGCAGUGCCAGCCACUCCAGCUUCGAUACUCAUUCGUUACCACGGAGAGGGGCAGGCGCUCAAGGGCCCGGUGGUAAUAAAAGUCGGACGCCUAUCGAAGAAGAAGCCAAAAUGCCUUUUACAUCAAGAUCGAUGGCCGAACAUGAGUGGGAAAAGUUGCAACAGGCGCACGUUCUUGCUAAUGUACAGCAGGCGUUUGAUGUGUCCAGCGAUGCCGAAGGAGAUGACAAUGAGAGCAUCUUCAGUACUCAGGAUAUCCUUUCGCCAAGUGGACAUACCGAUGCUCAAACAUUGGCAAUGAUGCUUCAAGAACAACUGGAUGCCAUCAAUAAUGAGAUCAGGCUCAUCCAAGAAGAAAAACAGAACACAGAAGCAAGGGCAGAAGAACUAGAAUCAAGAGUGGGUAGUAUGGAGCAUAUGAACCUGCUAGCAAGAGGCAGAAGUCUGGAGAGACAAAGUCCGCCUGUAAGUGGAAGAUCGACGCCAAAAUCACAUCAUUCUCCGCAAAGGGACUAUCUGCACAAGUAUCAUACGCUCCAGUUGGCCCCACUGUCAUCCGAAAUGUCAAGAGAAGAGAUGCACAUGGGUGACAGCAGCAGUGGUGGCGGUGCAUCUCCUUUGACAGCGAGAUCUUUGAGGUUAGAACGGGUUGCACAGGCAUUGGCUCACAGUCAAGAGGAACUCAGAAGUGUGUUUAGGCAUCAAGGCGGGCUGACCCCAUCACCAUUGUCCUCUCGUCACAGCAGCCAGGAGAGUUUGCACAAGAACGCGAUGGGCGCCAUGGGCAUGGGCGCCGGCGGCCUCCCGAGAGACGUUUCAGCAGCUGCGGCCGCAGCAGCAGCGGCGGCGGCUGCGCAGAAGAAGAAGGGCAUCAAGUCAUCACUAGGAAGGUUUUUCAGUAAAAAAGAGAAGGUGAAAGGAAAAGAAGUGACUGACAGCAACCUUACUUUGAGUCAGAGUAGCAUCGGCGGACUGCCGGACGGGGAACUAAGUGAUUCGAUGAGCAUAUCAGGGAAGAUGGGGCAGAAGGGAGACUUUGAUAGAAGACAAAAGAAGAAAGAGCGUGAUUACAGACACGAACUACUGGCAGAAGCGAUGAAAGCAGGUACGCCGUUCGCGCUGUGGAACGGACCAACGAUCGUCGCAUGGUUGGAGUUGUGGGUGGGGAUGCCGGCGUGGUACGUGGCUGCGUGUAGGGCUAACGUCAAGUCGGGGGCUAUCAUGAGCGCAUUGAGCGAUACGGAGAUACAACGGGAGAUUGGAAUAAGCAACCCCCUGCACCGGUUAAAACUACGCCUGGCCAUUCAAGAAAUGGUGUCACUAACGUCUCCUUCUGCUCCGAAGACCUCGCGUACGACCUUAGCCUUUGGCGACAUGAACCACGAAUGGAUCGGCAACGUCUGGUUGCCAUCUCUAGGGUUACCCCAGUAUAGAUCUACCUUCAUGGAGUGCUUAGUAGAUGCCAGAAUGUUGGACCACCUUAACAAAAAGGACCUUAGACAAUUGAAAAUGGUUGACGGCUUUCACAAGACGAGCUUGCAGUACGGCAUAUCAUGUUUAAAAAGACUAAAUUACGAUAGGAAUGCAUUAGAAGAGAGGAGGAAAAGCUGUGAAAACUCUUUAAUCGAUGUAUUAGUAUGGAGUAAUGAACGCCUAAUCCGAUGGGUAGCUGCAAUAGGAUUAAAAGAAUACGGUAACAAUUUAUUAGAGUCUGGUGUACAUGGUGCUUUGAUUGCAUUGCAUGAAGGUUUUGAUGCGAAUAGCAUGGCACUAGCGUUACAAAUACCGACGCAGAAUACACAGGCCCGCCAAACGCUGGAAGUGGAAUUCAUGAACCUGUUACGAGUGGGUACCGACCGUCGACCGGACGAAGGCCGAUCCUGAUACGGGCCGGCGUCCUCCUCGGGCGAGGACCUUAACGUAGCAGCGGCGGCGGCCGCAGCGGCGCAGAUGCGGUAAAAUCCUCUGACGCAGAAGCGCUAGCUAUCGGUGCGGAGCGGCAACUAAACCGUUCUGAUACGGCAGUGGAUAUGAUGCAACAGUGGGCCGUGCUCUACCUCUUCCGGUGUUGUUCUGUGAACGUGGGGCGAACGGGAGAUAUGACAAGCGUAUGGCGGAUGCAGGGUGGUCCUGUGGAUUUGAAAGGUGAAUUUUGGGAUGAUUUAAAGAACAACAUGCAGUGAGUGUUGCUUUCAUAAUAAUUAUAUUUUUCUAACCGUUCUACACCUACAUGGAAAAUAAUUAUUGUCUAAGUUAUGUAGUUAUUACGCCAAAACUUUUCAUGAGAAUCAGUAGUCAGUAAAUACUUAAAAGAACUCUAGUACACAAUUUCGCCAUUAAAAUUUACAUGUUCUCUAGGACUUGCGCGAGAUUCAAUGCAGAAUACUGUCUUUAGUGCAGAUGCAUCCGCGAACAAUUGAAGGGCUUGGGGCAGUAAGGGACCUAAGCCUCAUUGGGUUUAUUUUGAGAAAAAAAGGCAUUGUAAGUUUUGUGUAAAUCCUGAAAUCAGGUUUUUUGCAACAAUCGGCUAGAACUGAUGCAAUACAUUUCCAACUCAGGUAACUAGGAUUUGGUGGCGACUAAUUCGAAAAAUUGUGACACAUUUCCGUAGAAAAAAUUUAUUUUUGAAAAUUUUGUGGCUUGGUGCCUUAUUACAAAAAAAAAUAAUGCAUUCUGAUGAUAGCUUGAAUCACUCAUUUAGUCCAAAUUCACUUCUUCAUCAUCGCCAUCUAUAUCUUCAGCCUCUUCUUCUCAUUCCUUCGGCUGUUCACUGCCUGGCUCUGCUUCAAUUGUAUUUCCUACAAUAUCAACAAAAAACUGCUGACUAAUCGGCGGGAUAUAUUUUAGAAGCUUUUUUAGAUCUUUGAUCUUCUUGUCAUUCAGUGCUAGAGGUCCAUUGUAUUUUCUUCUCAAAUCUGUCAGGGUUCGUUGACUUCCCAGCCGAGAUCCUCUUUUACCCACAUUUACCUCAAGAAAUUCUCCGUUAAGGGUAUGUUUUAUGAACAUAGAAUUGGGAUGUUCACUGUCAAACUUGAAACAGCGCACUUCAUUAAAUUUGACGGCCUCCUUAUCUACGGUAGAUUGUUUUUUCGUAAUAGAGAUGGAAUCAAAUGCAUAAAAGUCAUGUUGUUCCAAUAAGGCUGUGUCAAAUGGGCUUUUUCUGUUGGAUUUCUUAACGAUAUCCACCCAGUCUUCUGGACAGUAUACCUGCUUGAUGUACCUCUUAUGCUUCUCAAUGAUGGCAAAGUCUCUAUCUGAAGGCAAGUGAGUGUGGCCAGGAAUAAGGAAACGGUGCUCUAUGGACUUGAAGAAUCCUUCGCGAACAAGUUGCAACCACAAAGACAUGAUUACCCAGUUUUUGUUCUGGCCUCCACAGUUAUCAGUGAAAACUACCAAGUGCUCUUUAGUGGAAGAUAUACCUUGUAAGUAUUUCAGCAGGAUGCUUGCAAUCUCUUCACUUCCCUUCCCCUUUUUGCAGUAGUUUCUGCCCACAAAAACAUGCUACCUUUGCCAGUGACACAAUCGUGUAUGCCGAGGUUGUACGUCCAAGCCUUUCGUAAAUAGAAGGCAGGACCCACAGUUAGCGAAGGCGUGGGAAGAGUCUGCUGUAAAUCAAAUGAUAUUAUACACGUGGAAUUUUUCGCAUUGUCUGAUACCUCUUUUUUCAAGCUAUCCUGCAUGGCAAGUGCUCUCGUCUGAUGAAGCUGCAGUUGUGUUUUAAAUUCAUUGAAUUCCUCCAGGUUUUCUUUAUUUGCUUCCAUUUGAUUAUUAAGGAAGUCGCAUGUAUGACAAGUAUCACUCUUGGGCAACUUAAAUCCUAUAUUGUAAUCAGAACAGACUAUUCGUCUAUACCGAUCUUCUUUUACUGGUGCUAUUCCACGUUCUUUGCACCACUCGACAUAAUAGUCCUUGUAGAGAGUAGAUAUGUUGAGGUCGUGGUUUAGAAAAACUCUAUUUGGAUUAACUUUCCGACUGUAAUGGCUCACAUAUUUCGGAAUGGCUUUAAUAUGGUCAUGAACAGACUGAACUCUUUCUGCAGAAAUUUUGUUGGGUCUGUUUUGAUGUUUGCCCCUACCGUCCCUUUUUGGAGUUGUCCUGCCUUCAACAAUUUGCUGAGCGAUAAGUUUUAAUCGCUUACUGGAGUUUUGAAGUCCAUGGACCGAUAAAAAUUCAGUCUUACAUAUUUGAAUGUCAACUCCAUUUACUUUGACAAAAUAUUGGUUUGUUACUCGUCGAGCCGAUUCCGCGCGUUUAGUUUUUUUUUUGUAGCUUCUCUUUUUAGGUAUAACCUUCACAGUAGAAAAUAGAUAUGUAUUCUGUUCGUCAUACGAGUUCAAGUCCCAAAAUGCAUGGAAUAUAGUAGAAGCAGUUUCUUGGAGCAGUUGUCUGCAGUUCUUUUUGCACUGACAUGGUGGACCUAAUACUUUAGACUCUCGUUGUCGACCUUUGAAAUCUCUGUAACUGUGGCCAAGAUUUCUGCGUGUUUUCGAUUUCACUCUUGCUCUGCCUUCAAUAUUACGUUUUCUCCAUCUCGAUUUAUUUGGUUUUUCUGGAGUAAACAUCUUGCCUCUGCUUACAGCAACCUAAAAGCCAUUUUAUUGUUACAAAAAAACAUCAUUGACGAAUGCCUAUUUCAGUUGAUUAUCAUAACAAUAACUAAAAUUAUUUGUGACAGUAAAUCUCAGUUCUAUUUUGCAAAAGUUAUCGCUAUUCCCGGAUACUGAAAAACGUCACAAGACACAGACAUCAAUUUAGUUGGCGAAGAAGGGCAUAAGCCACUUGCACAAAAUUACAUAUUUUUAUCAUGUGUUCAGGAGUUAUUUGCUGUUAAAAAUGGCCUCUGUAAAUUAGGAUUACGAUAUACUCUGAGGAAUGAUUAGUCUGAAAUCAUAAUCUAGUAAUACUGCAGAAGUAAUAUUAAAAAAUUGCACUCCUAUGUGAAAAAAGCAUAAGCCACAUCUAUAACGGCAUUAAGGUCACAAGCCACAAGCUUAUUUAUUCACCUGAGUUUCUCGUUCGGAGUCACUGUCAGAACUGCUGCUAGUCGGAUUAUAGUCUCUGUUCUUUACACUAUCAUCUGAUCCAAAUUCAGAACCAUCUUCGCUCUCCGAAUCACUAAAACGUCCAUUAUUUUCACCCGCGAACAAUUUCCGCUUGGCGUCCAUCUUGAAAUGUAUGUGGCUUAUGUCCUUUUCGGCGUAAAAAUUUGUAGACUAAACCAAUCUGUCAAAAACGCUCUUCAUGGAUUAUAGCGACAUCUACCAGCGGAUCAUCAAACAAAUCAACUUCAGACAUAGAUACCUACUCAACGAGUUCGCUCGUAUGGAAAUCUAAUUUUUCAUCAAAAUGUGGCUCAGGUCCCUUACUGCCCCAAGCCCUUCAAUUAUCAUUUUUGUGAACCUGGAGAAAGUUGUCGUUGAUGUGUAUUUGUACAGUGGUUAACGUCAUGUACAUUAAAAAUAUGAUGGCAGUAAGCAGCAGUAUUACAGAAGUUACAGCAAUAUAUUUAUUCCCUGUAUAAUACAAGUUGUAGAGAAAAUGUUCAAUAUAUAAAACAACAUAAAACAUUUUCAUCAUAAGUGCGAGCGUAGUUUUUACAAGAAUUACUGUCCAUGUAAAACUACUCAAAGGAAAAACCAGAAAAAGAAACCAAACGCUCCUUCUGUAGCCAUUCAUAGGCUUGUUGAUUAGCAUUAGAGAUGCACUCAGUACGACUCAGUACUCGACUAAAAUCGAAUACUGGAUGCUAGGUCGGGUACUCGGUGGAAUGAUUUGCGCUAUUAUAUUUGACCUUUCAAAAGACCUAUUUAUUCUCAAUACUGAUUUACUUUUUGAACAAAUUAACGCAUUAGGCACAAAAAAAAUGUUGAAAUGUGACUUGGACAUUCUUUGUGAGUAUGUUACUGUGUUAACCGCAUUUUCAGAGGUUUUAUUGCUUAAAUGUUUAGAACUCACAAAAACUAGGUAAAUGUUUAUACUUAAAACUUAAGACGCUGUGAAAUUUCACUAACUAAAUUAUUGAGUUAACAUUGACACCACAUUUUGGCAUUCCUGUUUGCGAUCAUAUAGUUUUCAUAUGCUUUUCAUUUUUUAACAACAAACACUACUUGAUGUCGUGACCGGACCAAGUCAGAUUUAUCUUACGUUCUUUUUUAUUUGGAGCUAAGCAGAAAGCUUUUGAAAAAUGCAUGUAGGCCCGAACUUUCCACGUUGCCUCUGCAAUACUCUGAUUUACACAAGCUCUAUGCCUUGCAUUCAGACCGAGUAUCUUGAUACUCGGCAAAACCGGGUACUCGAUCAAAUAGGCCGAGUAAUUGGGUACCGGGUACAAAUCGAGUACUCGCUGCAUCCCUAGUUGGCAUUGUGUUUUUGUAUCUACAAUAUUAACAACACGCGUACAUUCACAUUGUCACUUCUUUAGUGACAUCCAAAUUUAUAAUGGUUCUUUUAAAAAAUCGGCUGUUAAUGAUCCUGACUAUAUUUCACGUCAGAUGGCAAUAAAACAAGAUAAAUAGUUUUUGACCAUGUGUGGGAAAACAGAUGCUGAUCAGCUGUUCACUGCAGUAGAAUUUAAAAUGUAGCGGAGACUUACGAAAAUGACUAUAGAAAGCUUUUUUAACUCUUAAUAUUUUAAUUUAUCUUAUUCACUGGCAUGUUUGAUAUGUCUUAUAUGUAUAUUUUGUCCCGAAAUUCACUUGAUAAUUAAUCUUUCAAUGUUCGAGGAGCAACCUGUGCUUGCUUUAUUUGUGUGCUGCGAUUAUGGCCUGGCAUAACCUAAUUUAUGAAGUUUUGACAUGUCAUAGGUAUAGGAACUCUGACCUGUUACAUUUUGUGUUUAAUUUCAAUUCGAAUAUUAUCAUAAAUAUAUUUUAUUUUUUGCUCUAAAAUGUAUGUCUAGAGAUGUAUCAAUUUCACCAUUAAUUCAAUCUAAUUGAAUGUUAGUGACUUUUUUAAUGUCUUGAUAUUAUGUUUCAUUUCUUACAUAAAAUAUAUUUUACUGGUAGCAACCAUGGUUUGGUCUUGAUACAAUUUUAUACCAACAGACUAAUAACGUUUUUAACGAAUUUAACUAUUUUCCCUCUUUCCUUUCAUGUAUCAAUAUUCAGAAACAUUCUUGAAGUUUUACUUAAUUUUUUCCUUAAUCAAAGUCUUAUCAUUUUGCUCCAGUAAGGAACACUACAGUGUAGAAUUAUUCCUUGGGAUUAUGAAAGACUAUAACUUUGUGUAUAAGUUGUUUAAUAUAACAUUGAAAAGAUUAAAGUCCUGUAUUCAAUGACGGUCUAGCAACAAAGUGGGGAGCACAGUAUACAUUCAGUUGAUUGUUGGUCUUGAUGAAAACUCAAAGCACUUCCAUAAUAAUAAUAUAGUAUACAUAGCCAGUGUUAGAACAAUAGUAGAUGUAACUAAUACUAAUAAUAAUGUUAUAUGUAUAAAAAUAUAUGUGUAAUAGGGACGAAACGAUAAAAUUAUUUUCGUAAUCUCAACCACAAAGGUUUGUAGGUUUACAAUAUAGCCUUAAUGGACAUAUUCAUAGUUCAUGGAAGCCCCCUAACGUGUUAAUUUAGGUUAUGCUACGGCCCUGACUGGAACAAUCCUGCGAAUGAUCAAAAAGUAGAUGAGAGUUCUUAUACAAUGUUAGCACAUUUACCUGGCAACCGAUCAAAAUUCGGAAUUACUUUGAGAUAGAAAGUCAUUUUAAGAUUUAGGUCUAGAAUGUAUGGGUAUUCUAUCCGCUCUGGGAUUAACAUGAAAUGGAAAACGUUCCAUAUGUGAAACCUUGUCAUUAGUUAUUGAAAAAAUUUUGAGAAAUAAAUUCUAAAUUACCGUAACUAUUGCAUCACAAUGUGUGCCAUACACAUACUGUCUUGAUAAAUAAUAUCAGUGCCAACAAAUUCGAAAUCAUCGCUUCUUUGAUCAUUCUGAAGUUCAUCAAGACGACUCGCAAGCGCGUAAGAAAUGACAUAUGAGCUUUAAUGAACUAAAAAAAGGUAAUAUAAAGUACCCUGUAUCGUGAAUAACUCAUAGUAUUACUAAAUGUACAUUAAAAGAAAAAACUUGUUGUUGGGUUACCUGCGAUCGGAUAAGAAAAAAUAUUGUUGAAUGUGGUAGCAUCAGUCAGUAUUACCCCAUGCGUGCCUGCAUUAUACUUCUAUGAGGUGGAAGACGGCCUGUUUCGAUAGGUUAGAAGGCAGACAUUUAAAUAUGACAUACUACAGGUGAAUUGCGGCUAAAAAGGUGGUCGUUUCCUGACGAGAGAUAGAAAUUGAUAAGAAACAAUUUUUGCUAGAUUUUUUCCACGUUUUGUAUUGUACCAUUGGUUAACGUUUUCCCACCAGAUUCUGAUCGUUUUCAGUGCAAUAACUAAGAGGACUGUUUUACUUGUUUGAAGUAGACACUCAUGUCGACAAGUUUUAAAAUGGACAUAAAGGGCGGUAAUGUUAGUAAUCAUACUCUCCAAACGUCGUUAUUAUGUCCCGAAAGAUUUCUCAUUUUCGUAUUUAUACUUGAGUUAAGAAAAGUGAACAGAAGAUUAUAAAAUAAAAUGAAAAAAAAGGAUAAACGGAACUUCUAUUUUCUCGUAGUUGACUCAAAAAUAUGUCAAAAAGAUACUGAGUCUCAUAUUCAGUCUUAAUCAUGAUGACUCCUAUCGAGAUAUGUUUAUAAAAAAAUCUUCAAUGCAACAGCAAUAUAUCUUUACAAACUACGAGGGUCACGCUAUAUAUUUUGAGACACACUAAAACUAAAAACUAUUUUUCGAACACUAGUUUAUUUAUGUUUAAGGUAUUCGCCUCCAGCAUCAAUGUACUUCUGUAACCUAAGCUUCCAGCCUUCAACAAAUUGAUUAAUUGCUUGAUCGAUUUCUUCUCGGACGGAAAUUUUCGACCGCGCAGAUUUGACAGCAGAUAACAGCUUAUAACCUAGUAAUAUUUCAAAAUAUCCCAUAUCGAUAUAUAUAUAUAUAUAUAUAUAUAUAUGACAUAUAAUUGUCUUGUAUGCAGCAUACUAUACUUCCUAACAAUGCUUUUAUUCGGAAAAGCUUCUUCAUACACAGAAAAAACGCUAGAAGCAAAAUAGCUGCUAAUGAACAUGACUAUACUUUAAGUCAGGUGGUAAUAAAACAAGAUGAACAGUUUUUGACCAUGGGAUCUAUUUUAACAACAGAGUGAACCUUCUCUUAUACAGUCCAUAUUAUUUUUGGAUCAUCUAGGCGCUAAUGCAGCGUCACCAUUCGGUAUCUUUGGAGGCCAGAAAGUGUAAGAGGUUUACGCAAGUUUGAUUUCUCCAGAAAGUAAUUACCGUAUGUAAAUAAAAGUGACGGAAAAAUUGAGCUAUCAUACUAAUUGUAGCUGAAUGAAAUUUUAGUUUUGACUAUCAUAGGGUGAUGAUCGCCACCCCUCGCCCCCCUGAGAAAAAAUUCCUGCGGGCGCCCAUGGUCAAAUCUCUAUUAUCAAAAACUAGCUACUCUUUCAAUAACAUUUUGCUCUAUUUAUUGUUGAUAUUUGGUAGUCUUUUUAAAAGAAGAAAUAUAUACUCAAGAGUUUUGUCAAUUAGUGACUAAGCUAUUAGGAAUUUUGUCUGAAAAAAAAUAAGAAUUCAGUACUACACAUCCCUGCCAUUUGUACCAGCAGACUAAUUGUAUUUUCCUGAAUUUCAACCUCGUCCAUUUUUUGAAGCUUUGGUUUUCUGUUGAAGUACUGGAUAGUCAAAGAUGUGUGCUUUUACUCAGGAAAAUCAAAUGAUGCGCACUUUCUAAAGUUAUAAUUGCAAAAUCUGGGGCUGAUUUGAUGUUUGUGUAGAUACAGCCCCAAAGAAAUUAGUCAUUUUUUGCCUUCUGAUUUUCAAAACGGCCGUCUCACACUAUCGGUGCUGUCAUUUCUGUUAAGCGCUUCUUAAAGCUCGGGAAAUUUUUGCGCAACUUACCGUGAGACUGCUUAACGUUAUUUUAAUAUUUAUAUAUAAUGUAUUAUAUACUAUGGUAAUUAUAUGACGUAUGAUAAACAAAUGUAUGCCUAACCAGGUAAUGUCCACGUCUUGAUAUCAUUUAUUAUAAAUUUUUCACCAGAGGACGGACGUUCGCAGGUAGUGAACAAGGUGUUUGUAGAUAAGUAUGCACUGUGAUUUCAUAUUAUUUCUAUUACAUAACCAUAAACGUAAACCCAAUGGCUUGAGCUUCCAGUGAAUACCGAAAAUGAAAAAUAUUACCAUGGAAUACCAUUGGAUCCUACCAUGUCUUCUAAUACUAAACUAAAAGUGGACAAACUAAAUAUUGUCCGUACCAUAUUUGCUUUUGUCUUAAUUGAAUUUUGCUGAUUAAUAAUUACUAAAUCAAACGAACUUACCUGUAAUGAAGUUCGAUUGUAAUUAUAUGAAGUCCUCGUGAAGUAAAUAAGAACAAACGUAGUCUCUCUAUUCCACACCGUACAUCACGAAUUUUUAAAGUAAACAAACCGCCCCGUCCGCUACCCCGCUACCGGGCCACGUCGGUGGUACCGUCGUGUGCAUGUCUCAUUAUUCAAAGAUCUGUCUGCAGUUGAUGCAAUUAAUAAUAGGGAAAAAUAAAACGGGGAGGGAGGGACUUAUUUACUUCACGAGGACUUCAUAUAAUUACAAUCGAACUUCAUUACAGGUAAGUUCGUUUGAUUUAGUAAUUAUAUUUCGUCCUCGUUCCGUAAAUAAGAACAAACGUAGAUGUUUAAAGCAAAUAAUUGUGCAACUGCAGACGAAACAAAAAAUUUAAGGCUCUAUAAGAGGAAAAUAAGAAGUUCCAAAAUCUUAUUUUAACGAAUAUAAUUCGAAUAAGAAACACAUUCGAAAUACUGGUAUGAAUUCAACAGCGGAAGAACAACAUUAACAUUAUAUAAUAGUAAACAUAAAACAUAACAUUAUAACAUCAAACAACAUUAAACUAGGGAAUAACCCUAAGGUAUUUAAGAAAACAGAGUAACUAGUUAAAUAUUUAGUUAGUUCCUAAACUCAGAAAUAGUUUACAACACUGGCAUAAUUUAUCAUAAGGAAUAACUAAGGAAUACUAUUGUUAAGUGAAAAUAAUAAUUAGUUAUGUAGCUGGUUGAUCUAAUAUGACCCUCGCAUAAGCAUAAGAAUCACAAACCGGUCUCUUAUAGAAGUUUGCAAAUGUUUUUGAAUGUCCGGUCCAACCAGCAGCUGACCUAAUUAUAUCUAUUGAUACACCUCUACG